GCAGGGUGUAUUAAAUUAAAACAUCAAACAUAUGGGAUAAAAAAGCAGAAGAAAGAAGGGACAAACAGAAGUCAUGCAUGUAAAAUCGUAAUAACAAAAGCGAGAUCGAAUCAAAACCCUUUCCCUAACACUCUCCUCCCUUUUAUUUGUCUCUAUCUCAGCCUCUCUUCUUUACUUUCAUUUCAUCUUCCAAUGGAAGAUGACGAUGAGUUCGGAGAUCUCUACUCCGACGUUCUUCACCCUUUCUCAUCAACUACCACGAUGUCAUCCGCUGCUCCCCAACCUCACCACCCUUUCCCUCCACCCCCACAUCUCCACCAUCCAAUCGAUCUCAACCGCGGUUCAGCUCCUGCACCAAUGUUUCUCGAUUCUAAACACGAACCUGCGGAUGGCCAAGACGUUAAUUUCGAUAUCGAAGAAGGGGGUAGUAAUGGAAUUGAAGCUACCCGCUAUGAUGACCCGAUAUUCCCGGGUUUAACCGAACCGGUUCCUCAUGAAGAGUCCGGAUGGAAUGCUAACGAAAGUGGUAUUGGAAUUCGAGGCGGUGAAGCGGAAGCCGAUGAAGGCGAUGGUUUUGAUAGUGACAGUGAAGAUGAUCUACAGAUAUUGUUGAACGACAACAACCACGGCUUGAUGGAUAUGGAAAGGAGAGGAAUGAUUGGCGAAGAUGACGAUGACGACGAAGACGAGGACCCACUUGUGAUAGUGGCUGACGCAGAUGCAAACCAAGGGACGGAGGAGCAUGAAUGGGGUGAAGAAGGAUGCCAGGCGGCGGAUGGGGAGAAGAAAGAAGGGGGAGAAGCAGCUAAGGUUGGCACCGCCUGCGGUGGAGGAGGAAGUGUGGUUGCGCCGAAAAUUGGUUACAGCGAUCAUGGGUACCAUCCGUUCCAUUCUCAGUUUAAGUAUGUAAGACCUGGUGCAGCAUCAAUGCCUGGAACCAUUGCUAGUGGUCCUGGAUCUGCCCCAGCUCAGGUUCGUCCAAUCAUGAGUGUUACGGCUGGUCGUGGUAGAGGUGAUUGGAGACCACAUGGAAUGAAAACUGGUACUCCUAUGCAAAAAUGUUUCCAUCCUAGUUUUGGAAUGCCUGGAGGGGUUAACAAUAUGGCAGGGCGUGGAGGGCUGGAAUUUACACUUCCUUCUCACAAAACCAUAUUCAAUGUUGACAUUGAUAGUUUUGAGGACAAGCCAUGGAAGCAUUCUGGUGUUGAUCUCUCUGACUUCUUCAACUUUGGUCUAAAUGAGGAGGGCUGGAAAGACUAUUGCAAACAACUGGAACAACACCGCUUGGAGACGACCAUGCAAAGCAAAAUUCACGUUUAUGAAAGUGGGCGAACAGAGCAGGGUUAUGAUCCUGAUUUGCCUCCAGAAUUGGCAGCAGCAACUGGGCAAGAGGUUCGAGCUGGUGCUGCUAAUCUUGGAAAGUUGGAUGGCGGACAAAAUGACGUUACCAAAGGAACUGCUCGAAUUCGACCACCACUUCCAACUGGGAGAGCAAUACAAGUGGAGGGAGGCUGUGGGGAACGCCUCCCCUCCAUUGAUACACGGCCACCUCGUCUCCGUGAUUCAGAUGCAAUUAUUGAGAUUAUCUGUCAGGAUACUCUAGACAAUGAUUCCUCCACACAGAAUGGUGUUGAAGACCAAACAGAAAAUGAACUGUCAAGGGAGUAUCUUAUAGGAGAUCUUGUAUCUGAAGCUGAAGUUGCACAUGAAGAUAAUGAAUGUUUUGAUGGUUUUCCAGAUUCUUAUAAUAGUCGAAAGAGAAAAUUAAUUGGAAAGAGGGCUAUUAAUUCUGCCCAGAGUAAUGUGCCUGAAGAUGAUAAGAUUUUGCCCUUCCCUGCAGAAGCAUUGCGUCCAGAUGGUCCUGGAUCUAGGGGUCAGAGUCCUAUGCAUCCUAGUGGAAACUUUGAGGUUCCUCCCGAAGAGAGGCAACGACGGGGAAGAGCAGGUGAAAUAUCCCCUCAUGAGACACGUAUUCAAGGUAAACAGGAUAACUUCAGUGAUGGACAUGAGGAAGAAUCUGUUGAAAGCAUGGAUGGUAAAUCUCCUUUCUUAGUUAGAGAUGCCAGGGAGAUAAGUGUGGAGCGUAUGGAUGGUGUUGAUGAUGAGCUUGAGCCAACUGAUGGAAGCCCUGUUGAAAAGGAGCUGUUAAAUGGCACCUAUAAAGAUGGGAGUUCACUCAAUCCCUUGAACAAUGGAAAAAAUCGUUUUCAACUGGAGCAAAGGAAGCUUCACAAUGCUGAUGAUGGUGAGGAUUCUAGGGCUGCAAGAAGUAGUGAACACAGCAAAACAAGAUCUGGCAGCAGCAGGGAUUAUCAGAAACGACCAGAGAGUGCUGAGGAGGAGGUCGUUCAGGGUGGAUAUUCAUCUCGUGUUGGGAAUGUCAGGAAGAAUCUUGAUGAACAUGAUCAUAGUUCCCAGAGAAAAUAUUGUGAUGGGAGACUUGAGAUUGAGAGAAAUCGCAUGACAGGUACUCUAGGAGAGGAUUCUUAUCCUCUUAGAGACUUUGGUGCUAACUUGUCACAUGAUUUUCCCAUUAAAACAGAGGGUUUUGAUAGGCGAAGGGAGUGUGACAACACUGAUGGUACUUGGCAAUGGGGAGAAGAUGAUCUUUACAGCAGAAAAAAUAGAUCUGAGGACUUUAAGAGAGGACAUGAUGAUGAAAUGGGUUCUAGGAACAGGACUAAGGUUCGAGGAAAUGAAAGGACUGAAAGAGAUGGUUAUCCACCUUCUAGAAAACAGUUUGUUAAUGGCAGUUAUAAAGUUCAUCGUGAUAAGGAUGUUAGUACAAGACUUAGGGAAAGAGAUGAUAAUUUGAAGAGUAGGUAUCAUGCAGCCGAUGAUUACCACAACAAAAGAAGGAAAGAUGAGGAUUAUCUGAGGAGGGUCAAUGCUGACAAAGAGGAGAUCUUGCACGGACAGAGAGAAUCUAGCAGCAGGUGCAAAAAGCAAGAAAGGGAUGAAAUUUUAGACCAGCGUAAGAGAGAUGAGCAACAAAGAAUUAGAGACAAUUUUGACGAACACCAUUCAGUUAGGCACAAAGGUGAGGUCUGGUUGCACAGAGAGAGAGUUGAGAAGCGGAUGGAGAGGGAUGAAUGGCACAAGCUAAAGCAAUCACAUGACAAAAGUUUAUCAACACAGGAGAAAGAAGUUCGGGGUACUGUCAGGAGUGGCUGUGGUUUGGAAGACAAAGCAUGGGUUGGCCAUACUAGGGAAAAGGAUGAACAUAGAGUUUCUGAAAAAGAAUACCAACUUAAAGAGGCAGUACGCAACAGUGAACAGGUAAAAAGAAGGGAUCCGAAUGAUGAUGAAGGUUACUCGCACCACAGAGGGCACGAAGAUCCAUAUUCACAGGGACAUCAAUUCAGUAAUGAUGAGAUAAAGUCCAGGCAGGAAAGGUCAAGCACUCGGAGUGACCAUGCCGUCAAUGGUUCUGAUAGCCGAAGGGGGCAUGAGAAGAAACGUAAAGAAAAUGUUAGGAAGACUAGAGAAUCUGCAGGUGGAGGUCCAAUCACUUUUGGUUCUGCCAAGAGAAGUAAUGAAGAUUUAAGUGGUCUCAACAAUGAAACGGGCUUGAAAAGUGCUGAGAAGAGUGAGAACCCAGUGUAUAACUCUUCCCGGAAACAUAGAGAAGAUGCAUCUUCAGAUGGUGAACAGCAAGAGUUGAAACGAGGGCCCUCCAAAUUGGAACGUUGGACAAGCCAUGGGAAGAGGGAUUACAAUAUCAACAGCAAGUCAUCAACUUCCUCGAAGUUAAAGGAGAUUGAAAAUAUUAAUAAUGUGGGAUCUUCAGGAUCGUACAAAAUCUCGGAUGAAUCCAGUAAGUCUAUUGAACCUGCUGAGAAUCAUCAUUCUGUGUCGGACGAUAAUGGUGUUUGUGAGCUAGAAAUUAGGGAUGCUGAUACAAGACCAUCUGACACUGUUGAGAAGCUGAAGAAACGAAGUGAGAGGUUUAAACUUCCAAUGCAUGAAAAAGAUACGGUUGCAAUAAAAAGGAUGGAGAGCGAGGCGAUGCCUUCGGCCAAGACUGAAAGAACUCCCUCCGAUUCAGAUAUUAAACAGGAGAGGCCAGCCGAAAAACGAAGGUGGGUCAGCAACUAAUACUGGAAUUAGUAGCUUACAUUGUUGCUGUCUGUGUUGCAAGGUGUAGCAGCCCAGAUUCUUCAACUAUUGAAACCUCAAAGGUUCGGCUACACCAUAUAUUUUGAAAUGGUUACCAUAAGGGAUCCAGGAAUAGGCAUGAACCAAGGUUUUAGUCGUAUCACGAAUGAUCCUAACAAUGUUGCCACCAUAUGCUUUUUUCCCCCAAUAACAUGAGAAUGUAACACUGAACCAAUCACAAAUGGUGGCACCUAUUCCAUUUAGUGUAAAAUUAUGGUGAUCUGCUCAGAUUAUAUGAUAUAAACUCUGGGUGUGAUGAGGGAGGUCCCUUUUCUUCUAGCCCCGUCACCUGUGUAGAAGCUGAAGGCUUCAGGGGAUAAUUGAGGAACUUGUUUUCUAUGCUUAAUGCAGCUUUGAAGAAAAAAUUGGUGCUACCCAGCAAUGAGCAUAUGAGAUGCUUUACAUUUGCAACAAUGGCUUGUGAAGACACUUGGAGAAGAUGGAUGAAUGGUUGGUACUAUUAGCUUCAGUAGAUCCUAAUCACUUGCCCUUUUUUGUUUUUUCAUUCUUAUGACCUCCUUUUGUACUUGAGAAACAGUUUACAGAAAAAGUGAUAAAAGGGGGAUAUUUUUGUUUUGAGUGAUUUAGAUCCAAUUAUAGGCAGUGUUCAGUCUUCCUAUUGCGAUGUAAACCACUAAACCAUAUUCAUAAACACUUCCAUUUGUCAGAAUGAAAAUAAAUAGAGAGGCUUUCAAAUUAGUUGUGCCUAAUUCUUUAA